CUUCAAUUAUUUGGGCCGUUAUAGAUAAACCUUGGGCCAAAGCCCUAUUUAGUUCACAUAUUUACCGACGUUUCUCUCGUCCGAAAAAAAAAAAUAUGAAAAAGGCCAAAUUUCCAUGAAUGAUAAUAUUGACAAAUUUUGAUGUUACCGCCGGUCAAAAUUCCCUCAGAUCAACCCAAAAAAAAAAUGCAGGGGUCAUCUUCAUCCCUCGCAUUUUCUACUUUCUCUCUCCUCCCUAAAUUUUCUCUCUCAUGGAAACUCUAAAACAAGCAGGUGGCAGAGAAGACUGCUGGAGCGAAGAAUCAACAGCGACGUUAAUCGAAGCUUGGGGAUCACGCUACCUUCAGAGCAACCGCGGAAACCUCCGUCGAAACGAUUGGAUCGAAGUUUCCGACGCUGUUAAUUUCGCCGGAAAAUCUUUCCGGAGAUCCGACGUUCAGUGCAAGAAUCGCAUCGACACUCUUAAGAAGAAGUACAAGGUUGAGAAGGCGAAAUCUCCGCCGUCCACUUGGCGAUUCUUCGAUCGCCUUGAUUUCUUAAUCGGAAACGUUACGCGUGAAGGUGAGUCGAAGUUGAACUCGAGCGAGUCGACUGAGUCGCGUGGGAGUGGAGAUGACGUGGAGGAGAGAGAAAGAGAGAUUGUGGUGAAGGAGUUGGCGAAUGCGAUGGAGAAGUUUGGGGAGAUUUAUGAGAGAAUUGAGAAUCGGAAACAGGAGAAAGUUGUGGAAUUAGAGAGGUUAAGAUUAGAAUUGGUUAAAGAAUUGGAGUUUCAGAGGAUGAAUUUGAUUGCUGAUGCUCAAAUUCGGCUCGAAAAGUUUCAGCAUUGUAACAAGAAAUCUGCAUCAUCUGCAUGUACCUUUAAACAGGAAAGAAACUAUAGUUGAGAUCAUAUCGCUAUUCGCUACAUCUUCUGGAAGAAGAUAUGUUAUUUCUGCCUAAUGUUAUGUACAUCAGAUUGAAAAGGUUGGUUCAAGGAGCUCACUCUUUGCCUCCAGGUAUCAGUGAUUGUAAGUGAUCUCAGUUAUAUUAGCUAUAAAUUAAUUCAUGUAACAUAGAUGUCAUUGUAAAUAACAUUCAGUGUGUACUGGUUACUUAAAUCGGAACUCUAGAGAUCAUGUUCUGUGA